CUGUCGGGGUCUCCUACUCGUGGCCAGAUUGCCAGGAACGGUCGCCGCACCGACAACACGCGGUUUUUGGCAGCGACUCGUUGGAUUUCAUCGCUGGACCUGCGUGUUUUUAUCGGUCUUAGGCUAGUGCUAGUCACUCCACCACUAGUUCGUCGCGCCCUCCUUUAUUUUGUGUUUGUUUAACGUGCAAGAAGUGUGACCGAGGGUGACGUUUGCUGCUCGGCGACGGGACCCGGAAUGACUGUGCGAUUCUUCGUGUUUUCCAACUAUCUGGGACUGGUUAUCUGCGCCCGUCAGCGUAGCUGAUUGCAAGGACACAACUGGAUUAUCAGCGCUGAGCAACCACAGUGGGGUUUCCUUUUUGCGGCGCAGAGAGACGCCGUUUUUUUCCGCUACCAGUCACGCUGCAUUUUGCCUUCAAGCCUCGUCGCCACCGAUUCUUCUUGCGUAUUGAAGAUAGUAGUCGGUUCCCUGGUGCGGUGAUACAUACAGUGAAUGUUCCCAACUGACGACAAUUACGUCCUUUAAAAGAGGCAAAGCGUUCUUCCUUCUGCCCGGGGAGGGCAGCAUAUUACCCUCGUGACUGGAUACACUGCCCUCACUACGUCUCCGACGUCGGGAAGAACUGCCAUGGACAACGCCAUCAGGGCGAGCAUCUGGACUCGGCAAGAGACGAACCUCCUGCUUGACCUGUGGGAGCAGGAGACGCGGCGACAGAACCUGGACGGCACCGCCCGCAACUACAAGGUCCACCAGAGAAUCUCCCAGGUCCUGGUGACAAAGGGCUACUGUCGGUCACCCAUGCAAGUCCGCGAGCGACUCAAGCGCCUCCGCCGCGAGUUCCGCGAGUCUCGGAGGUGCGAGUACUACGACCGCGUGGCGGCCAUCAUGGCGAGCAAGGCCGAGAGCAACGGUGACGUCAUGACGCAUGACGGCGCCGAUAUGGGCGCCAACGGAACGAUCCCCGAAGGUCGGUUGACAAUCGACGAUGACAUGGGCGACAGUCUAAAAGGCGAAGAUUUUUCACAGACAAAUUCUGAAAACGAAACGGACUAUCCCGAGGAGAGACACAGCACGAACGGCGUGUCUCGCGAGGAAGAGUCCGUCCUCCUGCAGCGCAGGACAGUCCAGCUACUCUCGGCGCUAGUCGAGGGCCAGCGCAGGACUCAGAAGUCCACGGUGUGCUUCCAGCGCCAGAUGCUGCAGAACAUGCACGUCAUGGCCACGUCCAUGCAGACGGUGGCGGGCGCCCUGGCGAGGGCCUGCCUGUACAUGCCACCGCCCGAGAGGGGACCAGAUGGCGGCUGCAGUCCUUCGUACGCGGCCAGUCUUCUAGAACAUGAUGACCUUACGGAAUCCCGCGACGGCGACAGCCCUCAACCUCGAAGUUACGUUAAGGACGAGCCCUCCGACUAGAUGCUGACGCAUCUGUGUUUCACUGAUACGGGUCCAAAUGGUCUUGUCAAAAAGUAUUCUGAGGACUGUUCGUGUAAGGACGUAUUAUAGAGGAUUGCUCGCGUGGACGUAUUACCAUAACGUACACCAUUAAUGGUGCGUUUUACCAUAAGACACACCGUUAAUAAGGCGUUUAGUAGAUCGUUCCGAUCACUCUGAUAGCAUCACCCGAUACUUUGAAGGUGCCUUUGCGCGUGCAUUGUAUCGUUAUCGAAUGUACCGGAACGAUCUACUAAAUCCCUAACAUCCCUACCUGAAAAAAAAAAAAAAGAAACUAUGUCAAGGCAUACUUUUUUUUAUCCAAGUUGUGGAUAUGAGUUCCCUCUUGCAAGACUUGAUCAUGAGUGAACUCGUGCUCGGCGUAAUUGGAUCAUGAGUCUUGCAAAAUGUAGUGUAAGGCAGCUCAUGUUCACAACUUGGAUAAAAAAAACAUGCCUUAUCAUUUUUUUUAUAUCUAUUGGGAGCACACGUUGAAGUUUGCGCAAUGCACAUUCGCCUUACCUUAAAUAGUACAAAUCUUACAACAACGAACAUGAAUGCCUGCUUGACUUCAAAAGUGUGCAGUGUGCAUCUUUUCAAAAGUUUGGAUGAUGCAUCAUUCAAUGUGGUGCCCCUCAACAAGUUGUUUCGCAAGUUUGUACUGCAUUUUACUUUCGAUUUCGUUCGGACCUCUAAAACGAAUAGGGACAUUAAACCAAAAAUUUCCUCCUAUAUUAUAAUGUUGAGAAAUGUGUAUUAAAAAGUUUCCAGUAUAAUUAUGAAGAUACUAUGAUUCACGUGAUUAGGAGUUAUACCACAAAUAUCGUGACCGACAAACUCUGCCCCAAAUAAAACCCCAAUCAAUCAGCCUCGUGAAGAUGCCGCCACAGCGAACCCGUAUUUGUGGCGAUUGGUUCGGAGGUCAUUUUGCUGAUGCCUAAUAGCAUCGUCAGCGUAACGUACAUCCUUGUCAUUGUGCCUCGGCUUAAUCUUCCUUGGUUCAUUCCACGGUAUUGUCCUCAAUACGCAUACAGGAAUACAGAUGGUUGAUUCUAUAGAAUGUAUAUCAGAAUCCACUUACGAUCAGACGUUUCCCGAUAAGAGUUGGCUGGAAUUACAAAUGAAAUGAUCAAUAAAAGAAUCAUUCAUUUCCA